AUGAAAGUAAUGUAACUAAUGUUACCUGUGUUUCCUGAACAACAGAACUGUGGUGAAGGCUGCAACACAUCUGGAAUCGUGAGUCCAUAACAAUCUCGGAUAAUUGGCUUAAUCUUUUCUUCACUUUAUUACACUCUAUCUUUAAAAAACGUCUCAGUGCCAGUCUGAUUCUUGUGUACACUGUACACUACAUGAAACUCACCUAUUGAGCAAAGUGCUAAAGAAUCUCUAAUCUGUCUUGUGACAUUGCUUAUCUUACUCAGAUUACACACAGCUACAACAUAGUGCAGCCUGCUGUGGUAGGCUAACUUCCUCUGUUGUCUCAUUUCAAUCUGCAAAACAUAUUUCAUAUCUUAGUAUAUUCAGUCCUAAUGUAAUGCAUUGCUCUCUGAUAAAGGAAUGUUGACCUAAAUGUAUGUUUUGUAUUGCAAUAUAAUGGUUAUAGUAAACAAUUCUGUACCGGCAGUGGUACAAUUCGGUACCCAAUUGUCAUGACCAGGGAUGUUCUCUUGAUAAGUGUGUGAAUUAGAAAAUGUUCCUGUCCUGCUAAGCUUUCGAAAUGUAACAAGUACUUUUGGGUGUCAGGGAAAAUGUAUGGAGUAAAAAGUACAUAAUUUUCUUUAGGAAUGUAAAGAAAAGUAGUCAUAAAUAUAAAUAGUAAAGUAAAGUACAGAUACCCAAAAAAAACUACUUAAAUUGUACUUUCAAGUAUUUUCACUUAAGUACUUUACACCACUGUGUACCGUCUUCUUUUUCUGACACUUACUUCUCUCUGCAGGAUCUAAAAUGUCAGUGUCUCCAAAUCCCCAUCCCAUCAGUGGUAAGAGAAGCAUAAUAUGUACGUUGGAGUUGACACAGUAGUCAUUUCAUCCAAUGUGUACCUUUAUAAACCUUUUCUUCCAUUACUUUGAAUAGGAAACGUGCACACCAGACUACUUCAAACAAGGACUUCAGUCACUGAGGAGUGUGCAUCCUGUUGCAUACUUACUGUGGAGAAGAGUGAAUAAGUCAUGGUCCACGGUGAGUUGUUUCCCUUAAACAUGCACAGAAUUGUUCUUAGAUUAUAAUGACAUUCUGAACAUGGCAGAGAUAACUGAAGAGCCAUGAAAUUACCAUUACAUUGCUUACAUUUACAAAGAUCUUACCAGAUGUAUGUGUUAUUCUCUCUCAUAGUCGGACUUUCAGCAGCUGGCCCCUCACUGUGAACCAGUGGUGUCUCCACGGGUGUUUCUGGAGAAGCUGAAACAAGUGUUCCAAGGACUGAACAACCUCCAAUCAUAACAACAUUAUUUAUAUAUUCUGUAUUUAUAAUUUGUUUAUUUACUAUUUAUCAAUUUGAAAUUGUACCGCUAAUCGUUGAAUAAACACCUGAAACAGACCUAUCUACUACUGGCUUUGCUGUUCCUGUAUUGACCUGAUUGUGAAAUGACCAGUAAAUUAGAUAAUGUAGGGAGAAAUAACUUGUAGUAUUGGUCACUAUCUGGAAUCUGGAUGUCACCGUGACAUGCCAAUUAGCUAACCUAAUGACAGGCCAGUGUGAAUGACCAAUGCAACGGUGUUGUAUCGAGGUGCUUCCCACUGUUGCUUCUCACACCACAGAUAGAGUCCAGGGUGGCCCCUCUGAACAGGGCCAAUGAAGUGUCCAUACCCCUGGUGGAGUGUCCUACCACGUCAUCUGGAGUUGGUCUACCUGCUGCAACGUAUGAUGUUGACACUGCAUUGGUAAUCCAAUGUGCCAGUCUCUGCUUCGAGACAACGCAACCUUUCGUGUUCUCCCCAUAACACACAAAAAGCUGUUCGGUUUGACGAACAGUUCUUGUUGCAGCAAGAUACAUACUCAAUGCCCUAACCGGGUAAAGUGUAUGCAACUCAUGACUCUCCUCUGAGGAGUGGGGAGGCAGGUGAAAUGCUGCUAUGAUUAAGGGCUGGUUAGCAUGCGAUGGUGAAAGCACCCUAGGUAAGAAUGCUGGAUUUGGCCAAAGCACUGCCUUAGAUCCAUCUAAGGAUGGGUAGAAAGCGCAUGUAAUUCUCCAACACGCUUAGCUGAAACUAUAGCCAAUAGAAAGGCAGACUUGACUGAGUGCUCACAUACUGUAACUCAAAUGAAGACAGAGGCUCAAAUGGUGGGCUCAUAAGUGAUCGUAGGACAACAUCUAACUCCCAUUUGUAUUUGCAUUUAUUAGGAUCCCCAUUAGCUGCUGCCAAGGUCCAAACAAAUUAUGGCAAAAUAUAAAAUAAAACAGUACAUAUAACACCACUACAUAUCUAAAAUACAAAAUGUCUAAUACCACCAUGUAUAAGUCUGUGUAGAGUGCGUGUGCUGGCGAGUGUGUGCAUAUGCAUGUGUGCUUGUGUGUGUUCCAUAAAAUGUAGUUUUAUCUGUUUUUUAAAUCUGAUUUUACUGCUUGCAUGAGUUACUUGAUGUGGAAUAGAUUUCCAUGUAGUCAUGGUUCUUUGUAGUACUGUGCAUUUCCCUAGUCCGUUCUGAACUUGGGGACUGUGAAAAGACACCUGUUGGCAUGUCUUGUGGGGUAUGCAUGGGUGUCUGAGCUGUCAAGUAGUGAUGACAAGUAGUGAUGCAGUCAAUCUGUCACGAUCGUCAUACACAGAGGACCAAGGCGCAGCGUGGAAUGCGAACAUACUUUUAAUUUGAAUGAUCACACGAACAAAACAACAAACGAUACGAAACAUGAAGUCCUUGGUUACAAUACAAACCAUACGGAACAAGAUCCCACAACACACUGUGGAAAACAGGCUGCCUAAGAAUGGUUCCCAAUCAGAGACAACAAGCAACAGCUGAUACACGUUGCCUCUGAUUGAGAACCACACCGGCCAACAUAGAAACAAAUGAACUAGAAUAUAACCCUAGCACACAAAACACAUAGAAACAACACACCCUGGCUCAACAAAACAGAGUCCCAGAGCCAGGGCGUGACACAAUCUCUCCUCUACUUUGAGCCAGGAGAGAUUGUCCCUCUUUGUGGCACUUGACCAUAUGACUGGGGAGUAGUCCAGGUGCGACAAAACUAGGUAGGACUUGUUUUGUUCAUAGCAAUGUCAAGAAAGCAAUGCAAUGUCAUGAGGGUACUGAAGGAGCCUUGUGGGGCCAUAGCCUGCGGGCACCUUUCAUGAAUUUUGAUACUAGAGGGUGUUCCCCUGGGGAUGCACCCGCAAUCUGGUCAUGACCCAUAGAGAUGGCUGCUAUAUACACUUUCAACGUAGAUGGGGACUUCCAUGCAGCCGUAAGCUCCUGGUCAAAAUGACAAAAUGGGCAGGAAUAUGGCGAUUCUGCAUGGUCGACACACCACUUCCUGAACACAUUCAACUUGUAGGAAUACAGGGUUCGCGUAGAGGAUGCCCUGGCUGCCUGAAUUGUAUCAAUUACCAAGGAGGGCAACUCUGCAGCUACAAGGCGGUCACGUUUAGGGGUCACAUCCACAACUUCAGAAUGCUGGGUUUGGGGUGCCAAAGCUUGCCAUUCGCUUGUGACUGGAGGUUUCAAGUUUUAAAGUUUAUUAGCCACGUGCACAGGAUACAACAGGUGUAAAACAGAAAGCUCUUUCCCAACAAUGCAGUGAUUAUAAUAAUAAUAAUAAUAUAGAUAAUAAUAAUAUAGAUAAUAGAAAAUAUAAUAAAACAUUUAAGUAAGACUAAAAACCACACAAGAACUAUGAUGAAGGUUAAAGAAACAUGAUAAUGCAAGUAUAUACAGGUCAAUGCCAGUACCUUAUUCAAUGUGCAGGCAUACUGGAGAGUUGAGUUGGGUUUAUAUAUAACAAGUGACUGUUAGUAGGAUUUACAGUACAUGUAAACAGGAGUAAUAGUGACCAGUAGCAGGAUAAAUAGAUAGAUACUAAUGGUAAUGGCAAUCAAUAAUCAAUGGACAGCAGCAUAAUGGAGUAUUAAUGUCACGGUUUCGGCCGAGGCUGCUCCUCUUCCUUGUUCGGGCAGGCUUCGGCGGUCGUCGUCUCCGGAGUACUAGCUGCCACCGUUCUAUGUUUCAUGUUCGUCUGGUUUUGUCUCUUUGUAACACCUGUCCCUUGUUUGUGUUUGAUUAUGUUCCCUAUUUAGUUUCGUUUGUUUGGGUCAGGUGUUAUGCGUGAUUGUUUAUUUGUCAGCCUGCCUCAGUGGAGUUUAUAUUCUCUCGUUGUUGUUUGUUUCCGAGAGUUCGCACUGCGUGCGCUUUUCUUGUUUAUUCGCACUGUGUUUGUGCGUAAUUGUUUGCGCCACCCGGUUGGGUUGGCGACUCAUUGUUCACGUGUUUUGGACAUUACUAAAGACGGUUGAAGUCAUCCUGGUUCCUGCGCUUGAUUCCUUUCACUCAUCCACACACACCACUCUGACAGAAUCACGCAUCACCUCAUGGAAUCAGCAGGAGCGACCGCGCCAACAGCAGGGAUGGAGGAACGUCUUCGUGGGCAGGAGGAUCGGAUUAACCAGGUCUGUCAUGCCCUGGAGGGGGUGAUGAACACUCUCCACCGAUGGGAAACCAGCGAGGUACCCACGACCCCACGAACCGAACCAUCCCCAUCGGUCAGUCCUCCUGCCUCAUCUCCGGAACCCAGUGGGAUUCGGCUCUCGCUCCCGAGGGCGUACGACGGCUCCACUGCCGGGUGUCAAGGGUUCCUGCUGCAAGUGGAGCUCUACCUCGCCACCGUACACCCGGCGCCCUCGGGACACGAGAGCGUCUCAGCCCUCAUCUCCUGUCUCACCGGCAAGGCGUUGGAGUGGGCCAACGCUGAAUGGAGGAGAAUGGACGCCGCUACUACUAACUAUGCGGAGUUCUCCCGCCGCUUCCGUGCUGUGUUUGACCAUCCACCAGAGGGGAAGGCGGCGGGGGAGCGUCUGUUCUACCUCCGACAGGGGAUGAGGAGCGCCCAGGACUUUGCCUUGGAAUUCCGGACUCUAGCGGCCGAUGCAGGGUGGAAUGAGCGGGCCCUUAUAGACCACUUCCGUUGCAGCCUCCGGGAGGACGUCCAGCGAGAGUUGGCGUGCAGGGACACCACGUUGACCUUUGACCAACUUGUCGACAUGGCCAUUCGGCUGGAUACCCUGCUCGCCACCCGUGGACGUCCCGGGUGGGGUUCGCCCAUUCCACUCUCCAGCACCUCCGAGCCGAGCCCUAUGGAGCUCGGGGGUGCUGGCGCUAGAGAACGGAGGAGUAGGAACCCGAGGGGGGCCGUUCCCUGCACUAACUGUGGCCGUGGAGGGCACACCGCGGCUAGGUGUUGGGGAGGGUCCCCCGGUGGAGGAGAAGGCAGGUCACACAUUGGGGGGUCCCCCCAGGUGAGUAGGCGCCCUACUUACCCAGAGCUUUCUGUCGUGCACCUAACCUUGCCUGUUUGUUUUCCACAGGUUGCACCUCGUUCCCAGCAUAAGGCGCUGGUAGAUUCAGGCGCAGCUGGGAAUUGUAUAGAUCGCCAGUUUUGUAUAGAGUUAGGGAUUCCCCUCCUUCCAGUUGAUAAGCCUUUCCCUGUUCAUGCCCUAGAUAGCCGUCCGUUAGGGUCUGGGUUGAUUAGGGAGGUCACAGCACCCCUUCAGAUGAUGGCGCAGGAGGGUCAUGAGGAGACGAUUCAGCUCUAUCUGAUUGACUCUCCUGCGUAUCCGGUAGUGCUGGGCCUUCCCUGGUUGAUGACCCAUGACCCUACUAUUAUGUGGCGAGAGAAAGCUCUAAAAAGGUGGUCUGCCCAGUGUGAGGGGCGGUGUCUGGGUGUUUCCAUAGGGGCGACCUCGGUGGAAAGUCCGAAUCUAAUGACAGCACUGCAUAUUCCCCCCGAGUAUGAGGAUUUGAAACUGGUGUUUAGUAAGACUAGGGCGGCGCAGCUGCCGCCUCAUAGACGGGGGGAUUGUGCGAUAGAUCUCCAGUCAGGAGCAGCUCUCCCGCGGAGCCAUGUGUAUCCCUUGUCUCAAGAGGAGAGGAAGGCAAUGGAGACGUACAUCGCUGAGUCUCUUAGACAGGGAUACAUACGGGCCUCCACUUCACCCGCUUCCUCAAGUUUCUUUUUUGUGAAGAAAAAGGAUGGAGGUCUGCGCCCGUGUAUUGAUUACCGCGGUCUCAAUCAGAUUACGGUGAAGUACAGCUAUCCACUUCCUCUGAUUGCGACUAUGACGGAGUCACUGCACGGUGCGCAGUUCUUUACAAAAUUGGAUCUCAGGAGCGCAUAUAACUUGGUGCGCAUUAGAGAGGGCGAUGAAUGGAAGACAGCGUUUAGCACGACUUCCGGACACUACGAGUAUCUAGUCAUGCCAUAUGGGUUAAUGAAUGCUCCCUCAGUCUUCCAAUCCUUCGUCGAUGAGAUUUUCCGGGACAUGCAGGGAUAGGGAGUAGUCGUGUACAUCGACGACAUUCUGGUGUACAGUCCUACCCGAGCAGAGCAUGUAGCCCUGGUGCGCCGAGUAUUGAGGAGGCUGUUGGAGCAUGACCUAUAUGUCAAGGCAGAGAAAUGUCUGUUUUUUCAGAAGUCGGUCUCCUUUCUGGGUUACCAGUUGUCUGCGUCAGGGGUGAGGAUGGAGGUAGACCGGGUGUCAGCUGUGCGUAAUUGGCAGACCCCAACCACUGUGAAGGAGGUGCAACGGUUCUUGGGUUUUGCGAAUUAUUACCGGAGGUUUAUCUGGGGUUUUGGACAGGUGGCAGCUCCCAUAACGUCUCUGUUAAAGGGGGGUCCGGUGCGCUUGCGGUGGUCAGCUGAGGCGGACAGGGCAUUUGGGAGACUGAAGGACCUGUUUACCUCGGCGCCGGUGUUGGCGCAUCCGGAUCCCUCUUUACCGUUCCAGGUAGAGGUGGACGCGUCAGAGGCCGGGAUAGGGGCCGUUCUUUCCCAACGUUCUGGCACUCCACCUAAACUCCGUCCCUGUGCGUUUUAUUCAAAGAAGCUCAGUCCGGCGGAGCGGAAUUAUGACGUAGGAGACAGGGAGCUGUUAGCCGUGGUACAGGCCCUAAAGGUGUGGCGACAUUGGCUCGAGGGGGCUCAACACCCUUUCCUCAUUCUAACUGACCAUCGUAACCUGGAGUAUAUCCGGGCAGCUAGGAGACUGAAUCCUCGCCAGGCCCGCUGGACUAUGUUUCUAGCCCGGUUUGUGUUUAAGAUCACAUACAUCCCUGGGUCCCAGAACGGGAAGGCAGAUGCUCUGUCUCGGCGGUAUGACGCGGAGGAGAGGUCCGUUGAGCCCACGCCCAUACUACCAGAGUCUUGUCUGGUUGCACCGGUGGUGUGGGAGGUUGAUGGCGAGAUCGAGCGGGCGUUACGCACCGACCCAAGUCCUCCACAGUGUCCAGUGGGUCGGACGUACGUUCCGCUCGAGGUACGCGAUCGCCUCAUUUGUUGGGCUCAUACGUCCCCCUCCUCUGGCCAUCCGGGUAUCGGCCGGACAGUGCACUGCCUUAGCACAAAGUACUGGUGGCCAACGUUAGCUAGGGAUGUGAGGAUUUAUGUCUCCUCCUGUUCGGUGUGUGCCCAGUGUAAGGCGCCCAGACAUUUGCCCAGGGGUAAGCUACAACCCCUGCCUAUUCCACAACGACCCUGGUCCCACCUCUCGGUGGAUUUUGUUACCGACCUUCCCCCCUCACAGGGGAAUACUACCAUCCUGGUCGUUGUGGAUCGGUUCUCGAAGGCCUGUCGUCUCCUUCCCAUGCCGGGUCUACCUACUGCCCUACAGACCGCAGAGGCUCUGUUUACCCAUGUCUUCCGGCAUUACGGGGUACCCGAGGAUAUAGUGUCUGACCGGGGCCCCCAGUUCACCUCCAGAGUGUGGAGGGCAUUUAUGGAACGGUUGGGGGUUUCGGUAAGCCUUACCUCGGGUUACCACCCGGAGAGUAAUGGGCAGGUUGAACGUGUUAACCAGGAUGUGGGUAGGUUUCUGAGGUCAUACUGUCAGGGCCGGCCGGAGGAGUGGGCGAGAUAUGUGCCCUGGGCCGAGAUGGCACAGAACUCUCUCCGCCACUCCUCCACCCAACUAACCCCUUUUCAGUGUGUAUUAGGGUACCAGCCGGUUCUGGCACCAUGGCAUGAGAGCCAGAUCGAGGCCCCCGCUGUGGAUGAGUGGGUGCGGCGCUCGGAGGAGACGUGGGACGCUGCACACGUCCAUCUGCAGCGUGCCAUACGUCAACAGAAGACGAGCGCCGACCUACACCGCAGUGAGGGGCCAGUGUACGCACCUGGAGAUCGAGUCUGGCUCUCAACCAGAAACCUGCCCCUCCGCCUGCCCUGCCGGAAGCUGGGUCGGCGGUUUGUGGGGCCCUUUAAAGUCCUGAGGAGAUUGAACGAGGUGAGUUACAGGUUAGAACUACCUAUUGAUUACAAGAAUAUUAACCCCUCGUUCCAUGUGUCUCUCCUCAGGCCGGUGGUAGCUGGUCCACUCCAGGACUUUGAGAUUGAGGAGACUCCUCCACCCCCGUUGGACAUCGAGGGGGCUCCGGCGUACACCGUGAGGUCCAUCCUUGAUUCGAGACGCCGGAUGGGGGGUCUUCAAUAUCUUGUGGAGUGGGAGGGGUACGGCCCGGAGGAGCGGUGCUGGGUGCCAAGGAGGGACAUAUUGGACCAGUCCCUGCUGACCGAGUUCCAUCGGGGUCAUCCUGCGCGCCCUGCUCCGCGUCGUCCGGGUCGUCCCCGAGCCCCGGGUCGGCGCACGGCUGGAGCCGCGCCUCAAGCGGGGGGUACUGUCACGGUUUCGGCCGAGGCUGCUCCUCUUCCUUGUUCGGGCAGGCUUCGGCGGUCGUCGUCUCCGGAGUACUAGCUGCCACCGUUCUAUGUUUCAUGUUCGUCUGGUUUUGUCUCUUUGUAACACCUGUCCCUUGUUUGUGUUUGAUUAUGUUCCCUAUUUAGUUUCGUUUGUUUGGGUCAGGUGUUAUGCGUGAUUGUUUAUUUGUCAGCCUGCCUCAGUGGAGUUUAUAUUCUCUCGUUGUUGUUUGUUUCCGAGAGUUCGCACUGCGUGCGCUUUUCUUGUUUAUUCGCACUUUGUUUGUGCGUAAUUGUUUGCGCCACCCGGUUGGGUUGGCGACUCAUUGUUCACGUGUUUUGGACAUUACUAAAGACGGUUGAAGUCAUCCUGGUUCCUGCACUUGAUUCCUUUCACUCAUCCACACACACCACUCUGACAAUUAAAGCUAAUCAAUAAUCAUUUUAGCAAUGAUUAUUCAUUAAAACCGGUAGCAAUCAUAUUCAAAAUGAUCCAACCUACAGAUUAAACCAACAGACUACUUCAACUACAAUAACAUUCUCAGUAACGGUUACAGAAAUAUAUUUUUCUUGCUAUGACCGUGAUACCCUAUAUAUACAAAAGUAUGUAGACAUCCCUUCAAAUUAGUGGAUUCAGCUAUUUCAGCCACAACCGUUGCUGACAGGUGUAUAAAAUUGAGCACAUAGCCAUGCAAUCACCAUAGACAAACAUUGGCAGUAGAAUGGUCUUACUGAAGAACUCAGUGACUUUCAACGUGGCACCGUCAUAGGAUGCCACCUUUCCAACAAGUCAGUUCGUCAAAUGUCUGCCCUGCUAGAGCUGCCCCAGUCAAAUGUAAGUGCCAUUAUUGUGAAGUGGAAACAUCUAGGAGCAACAACAGCUCAGCCGCAAAGUGGUAGGCCACACAAGCUCACAGAACGGGACCACUGAGUGCUGAAGCGUGUAGCUCGUAAAAAUCGUCUGUCCUCGGUUGCACUACCGAGUUCCAAACUGCCUCUGGAAGCAACGUCAUUACAAUAACUGUUCAUCGAGAACUUCAUGAAAUGGGUUUCCAUGACCGAGCAGCCGCACACAAGCCUAAGAUCACCAUGCACAAUGCCAAGCGUCGGCUGGAGUGGUGUAAAGCUCGCCGCCAUUAGACUCUGGAGCAGUGGAAACGCAUUAUCUGGAGUGAUGAAUCACGCUUCACCAUCUGGCAGUCCGAUGAAUCUGGGUUUGGCGGAUGCCAGGAGAACGCUACCUGUCUCAAUGCAUAGUGCCAACUGUAAAGUUUGGUGGAGGAGGAAUAAUGGUCUGGGGCUGAUUUUCAUCGUUCGGGCUAGGCCUCUUUGUUCCAGUGAAGGGAAAUCUUAAUGCUACAGCAUAUAAUUACAUUCUAGACGAUUCUGUGAUUCAAACUUUGUGGCAACAGUUUGUGGAAGGCCCUUUCCUGUUUCAGCAUGACAAUGCCCCUGUGCACAAAGCGAGGUUCGUACAGAAAUAGUUUGUCGAGAUCGGUGUGGAAAAACUUGACUGGCCUGCACAGAGACUGACCUCAACCCCAUCGAACACUUUUGGGAUGAAUUGGAACGCCGACUGUGAGCCAGGCCUAAUCGCCCAACAUCAGUGCCCGACCUCACUAAUGCUCUUGUGGCUGAAUGGAAGGAAGUCCCCGCAGUACUGUUCCAACAUCUAGUGGAAAGCCUUCCCCAGAAGAGUGGAGACUGCUAUAGCAGCAAAGGGGAGACCAACUCCAUAUUAAUGCCCAUGAUUUUGGAAUGAGAUGUUCAACAAGCAGGUGUCCACAAACGUUUGGUCAUGUAGUGUAAAAUCAUAUCUAUUUUUGAUUGAUCUUCCCACCAAUAAUAAUCUUACUCUAGGCCUAGUUUGUUCGCAGCUUAAGUCUUAAUGCUGCUUCCCACUGUAGUUAGAGAAUUCAACAUCUGAGAGGGAGCAGGUAGUGGCAUGUUAGAUGUUAUGUAAACCUGUAGUUAUUGCAUUCUAGAUGUUCAGAUAAGCACGUGAAGUGCAUAUUUUAUGUCAAUCAAUCAUUGUCUAUAACAAUGGCAAUAAGAGUCUUGCUAUCAUUAUUUCUAUCACGUCAUCAUCUGACCUUUUUGAGAUCCAAGAAGUGUGAGCAUGGAAUUUUCCAUUUUAGAACAGGCUUAAAUAAAAAUGAGAAGGUAGGAUACAUACUGUAGGCUGUCGCACAUACAGGUGUGUAAAGGCCGAAGUACCCCACCACCUCCGCAUAAAUGUCACAUGGCUAGUUGCUACACAUAGAGUACAUCAGGGGCGCAACUUUGGUUUUAGAAGUGGGGGGGACAUAAUUAAAAAAAAUAUAUAUAUAUAUAUGUGUUAUGUUGGAUAAACACUCCAGACAGCUUACCUGACCGAUCGGAGGCGUCCGCAUGGUCCUAAAGCACACCGUUGCCUCGUUUGGUAUCACAUUCUAAUGAUAAAACUGGGGAGGACAAAAAUGCCAUUUCAGAAUGUCCCCCCCAUCCCCAGUGAAAGUUGUGCCCCUGGAGUACAUAUUUCUUAAAAGGUUAAUGGUUUGCUAUCGGUUAUAUGCUUUACUAUGUAGAAAUGUCCUAAAUCAAGCAUGUACGAAUAAUGCAGUUGAGUUGUUAAAUAUUGGACUCUACUUAGACACCUUGCACUUCGCCUAUCGAUUACCUGUACUCAUAUUAUAAUUUAUUGUAAAAUAGAGCACAUUGUAUCAUCUACUCACUCCCUGUUACCCUUGUCCAGCUGAAUGCCAGGCUGAGAGAGUGUGACCAGAGACUGACAGAGGUGCGUAAUGAGUACCUUCUGACCCUGUCUGCCAUCAACUCCCAUCACCAGUACUACUACACUGCAGAGCUGCCUGCCAUCAUGAGGGUAAGACCACCUGGCAUCUCCUAACUUCAUACUGUCUUUCUGGAUUCUCAUCAUGGGCUGUUGUCUUAGUAAUAAUAAUAAUAUGCCAUUUAGCAGACGCUUUUAUCCAAAGCGCCUUACAGUCAUGUGUGCAUACAUUUUUACGUAUGGGUGGUCCCGGGGAUCGAACCCACUACCCUGGCGUUACAAGUGCCAUGCUCUACCAAUUGAGCUACAGAGGACCACACUUAGGUAUGGGCUCUCAUAGGAAUGAACACUGCAUAGUCAGACGUACCUCCUAUCAGUGAACAAAACCUUCCUAUGGGUUUAUGAUGAGUCAGCUCUUACAUCAUUUCCUGUCUGUGGUUGUCUUGGCUGUAGAGCUGAGAGCACCAACUUCAGAGAAAUUUGCCCAAAUAUGAAAUGAUCAAAUGUUUUAUUUUCACUUUUUCCCUUUGCAAAGUAAUCAGGUGAGUCAAAUGUUCAGCUCAGCAGAAACCAUUCAUUUAAGGGUUAUUUUCCACACAGAACAUUCAUAACACCACAAUCUUCUUGAAUGUGACUCUUUAUCUCUCACUAAAGGGAAAUCUCUCUCAGUGACUCAACUCUUAUUAUUGCAGUAAUAAACAUAAAUCAUUAUGAAUCAGUUGAUUAAAAUCCUCACACAAGUGAAUUUCCCUCUCAAAACACCUCUGAUUUUGUCCGGCAUGAGGGCUUCGGCCAUAACCCCAGCUCUCGCCUCUUCCUUUUACCCAACAGUGACUGGACGGCGACCUGUAUGACCAAAUCCGAGAAAACGUCACUCUCCUGUGCUGCAUAGAGAUCGAGACCUGCCAGUCCACGCACAGCGACUUUAGCGAGAUCCGCGAGGACUCCACCAAGGUGAGGUCAGGCGUGGGACCCACUGAAGCUCUUCUCACAGUAAACCCUCCACGGACAGUAGUCCCUCUCUUAUGCCAAGAGCUGUGACAUUCCUCACCUGGGCUCCGCUGAUGGUGGCCAGGCAGGAUGUUCUGUUCUGUGGGAGUCAGUCAGACAGUAUUUGUUUGAUUGUUUCCCCUGACAGGUGACUAGAGAACGGAACAUAAUUAUUUUCCUCCAGGAGUCCCUGGCCUUCACCAGAACGGCGGCUUUCACUUCCAGGUUGCCCCUAAAGACAAGGUGUGGCCUGCUUUGAUACCACUCUCCUUGGUUACCGUGUACACACCAUUAUAUGGCAAUUCAUAUUCACAAAGCUGAUGAGUAAAACCCUAAUUGUGGUGAAUUUUUUUAUAUUUUCAUUGAGUGAAUGGUCCUUUGUGUGUGAGAUAAUCCCAGCUUCAUCUCUCCUGUUGUUCCUAAAGGUGUUAAUUCUGAAGCAACAGAGCUCCAGUGCUGAGGGGGAGAGCUGUUUGGACAAGGAGGCCUGCAAGUGGUCCUCUAAGGCUGCCAAAGACUACAAGAUCAUCACCCACGGAGAGAGGGUGAGUAGUGGGCGAAAGCUCUGUUUACCACUGGAGUGGGAAAUAUUGUGUUCACUAGGCUUACCUUGUGUAAUCCCUGUCUGCCACCCUCACAGGCCCUGCAGAUGCUGGAGAGGCGCUUUAAAAUGCUGUCAGGAGACACAACAGUCAGCGUGGAGCAGAAGAUUGUGGAGGUGAAGGAGAGUGUGAGGAAAGCACAGGUAGGACUUCUACUAGCCCAACGCUACAAUGAACUAACAUUAACAUUACCCUCUUAUCCCAUCCUACCAGGACAUUUAUGAAGAUAAGGCAACCAGUCAUUAAAGCUAGAGUCCUUAAUUGACACAAUAACAAAGCAGCCACCCUGCCUCUGUUUUGGUAAAAAGCUGAGGGAUCGGCCUGGAGAAAUGUAACCACUCUCAAAUUAAUAGACAGAGCUAUGGAUGUAAGGACUGUGUCACGAUCGUUAUAAGUAACGGACCAAGGCGCAGCGUGAUAGGCGUACAUCUUUUAAUGAGUACUUAAUAACAAUAACAAAACAACAAAAUGAUACGUGAAGUCCUAAGGUUAACAAAACACAAACCUCUCCGGAACAAGAUCCUACAAAUGACAAGUGCAAAACAGGCUGCCUAAGUAUGGUUCCCAAUCAGAGACAACAAGCCACAGCUGCCUCUGAUUGGGAACCACCCCGGCCAACAUAGAAACACAUGAACUAGAACAUGAACAUAGAACACUAAACAUAGAAACUAACACCCUGGCUCAACAUAUAAGAGUCCCCAGAGCCAGGGCGUGACAGACUGACCAUCCAUGAUAUCAACAUUAUAGUUUUACAUGUUGAAGCUCACAGUGUUUGUUUACAUUUACAUUGUUUACAAACAAGCACAUAUUUUGGAUUCUGAUGGGUACCUAAAUGGGUGGGAUAGUUGAACUAAGCUCAAGAAGCAUUUCUAAGUUAUAUUCUUCAGGAAUCAAUGGGUAUAUAUCAUUAAUUUACAAGUCUAAAUUGAUGUAGCAACUAAGCUUUAACUAGGCUUUAUUAACAGACCAGAGUUCCUCUGUUAUUCACCUGUGUUAGCAUAAAAUAACUAAAUCCACUUCUACAGAAGGCUAAGUGAGUGGUGUGUGUGAUGAAUAAAGGAAUGAAGGCUGCAUCAUGUGUUCUAGGCCUAUAGCCAAGCCUCUGCAGAUGUAGGAUGCUUUGUACUACUAGGUCCUUUUGUAGAUCUAAUGGCAGGACUCUAAGGGAUGACUGAGUAAAAUCAAUCUCGUACAAAGUACCUGUGAGAGACGUGUGGGAGGGGUGACAGGUGGUAGUAAUGUGCCUGUGCGUGUGUGUGUGUCCAGGUUAGCCAGGUGAAGGCGGAGUCCAGGCUGGCGAGCAGCGCCAUGACCCAGGCAGAUGAGGAGCUGGAGAGGGACAGGAGGCUGAGCGAGGCACACAUGUCCAACGGAGACAUUUCCGAGGACGAGUUUGAGUUUACAGACUUCGACGACUAUGAUAAAGAUGGUGACACUUUCAUUGAUUCAACUUCGUGCUCGAUGCUGUGCGGAUACCCCUUGGCUUGCAGGGUUCUCUACAGCUAUCAGGUGAUAAUAUAAUAACUUACUGUUUUGAAAAUGAAAGCGUACAAAGUCAACAUUACAGGAAUGGGAUUUCUCAGGUUUUAUAGUGUGUAAUUGGCCCCUCCCAUCUUCCUGUAGGCCUGCCAAGGAGACGAGCUGUCAAUCACAGAGGGGGAGGAGCUUCAGGUGAUAGAGGAUGGAGACAUGGAGGACUGGCUGAAGGUAACAGGUGACAGGUUUCUCUCUGGCUGCGCCCCAGAUGGCAGCCAAUUCCCUAUAUACAGUGGGGGAAAAAAGUAUUUAGUCAGCCACCAAUUGUGCAAGUUCUCCCACUUAAAAAGAUGAGAGAGGCCUGUAAUUUUCAUCAUAGGUACACGUCAACUAUGACAGACAAAUUGAGAAAAAAAAAUCCAGAAAAUCACAUUGUAGGAUUUUUAAUGAAUUUAUUUGCAAAUUAUGGUGGAAAAUAAGUAUUUGGUCGCCUACAAACAAGCAAGAUUUCUGGCUCUCACAGACCUGUAACUUCUUCUUUAAGAGGCUCCUCUGUCCUCCACUCGUUACCUGUAUUAAUGGCACCUGUUUGAACUUGUUAUCAGUAUAAAAGACACCUGUUCACAACCUCAAAUAGUCACACUCCAAACGGACCACACGGGGGGACCUAGUGAAUGACCUGCAGAGAGCUGGGACCAAAGUAACAAAGCCUACCAUCAGUAACACACUACGCCGCCAGGGACUCAAAUCCUGCAGUGCCAGACGUGUCCCCCUGCUUAAGCCAGUACAUGUCCAGGCCCGUUUGAAGUUUGCUAGAGUGCAUUUGGAUGAGCCAGAAGAGGAUUGGGAGAAUGUCAUAUGGUCAGAUGAAACCAAAAUAGAACUUUUUGGUAAAAACUCAACUCGUCAUGUUUGGAGGACAAAGAAUGCUGAGUUGCAUCCAAAGAACACCAUACCUACUGUGAAGCAUGGGGGUGGAAACAUCAUGCUUUGGGGCUGUUUUUCUGCAGAGGGACCAGGACGACUGAUCCGUGUAAAGGAAAGAAUGAAUGGGGCCAUGUAUCGUGAGAUUUUGAGUGAAAACCUCCUUCCAUCAGCAAGGGCAUUGAAGAUGAAACGUGGCUGGGUCUUUCAGCAUGACAAUGAUCCCAAACACACCGCCUGGGCAACGAAGGAGUGGCUUCGUAAGAAGCAUUUCAAGGUCCUGGAGUGGCCUAGCCAGUCUCCAGAUCUCAACCCCAUAGAAAAUCUUUGGAGGGAGUUGAAAGUCUGUGUUGCCCAGCGACAGCCCCAAAACAUUACUGCUCUAGAGGAGAUCUGCAUGGAGGAAUGGGCCAAAAUACCAGCAACAGUGUGUGAAAACCUUGUGAAGACUUACAGAAAACGUUUGACUUGUGUCAUUGCCAACAAAGGGUAUAUAACAAAGUAUUGAGAAACUUUUGUUAUUGACCAAAUACUUAUUUUCCACCAUAAUUUGCAAAUAAAUUCAUUAAAAAUCCUACAAUGUGAUUUUCUGGAUUUUAUAAUUUAUAAUUUAUAAUAAUUGCUCCCACAGUUGAUUUCUUCAAACCAAGCUGCUUACCUAUUGCAGAUUCAGUCUUCCCAGCCUGGUGCAGGUCUACAAUUUUGUUUCUGGUGUCCUUUGACAGCUCUUUGGUCUUGGCCAUAGUGGAGUUUGGAGUGUGACUGUUUGAGGUUGUGGACAGGUGUCUUUUAUACUGAUAACAAGUUCAAACAGGUGCCAUUAAUACAGGUAACGAGUGGAGGACAGAGGAGCCUCUUAAAGAAGAAGUUACAGGUCUGUGAGAGCCAGAAAUCUUGCUUGUUUGUAGGUGACCAAAUACUUAUUUUCCAUCAUAAUUUGCAAAUAAAUUCAUUAAAAAUCCUACAAUGUGAUUUUCUGGAUUUUUUUUCUCAAUUUGUCUGUCAUUGUUGACAUGUACCUAUGAUGAAAAUUACAGGCCUCUCUCAUCUUCUUAAGUGGGAGAACUUGCACAAUUGGUGGCUGACUAAAUACUUUUUUCCCCCACUGUAUAGUGCACUACAUUUGACCAGAGGCCUAUGGGCGAAUAGGGUGCCAUAGAGGAAAUAGGGUGCCAUUUAGGAUGCAACUUAUGCCUCAGUGAACAGUGCUAUUUACUGUAGCAGUCAGUUGGUCCCAUACAUUUACUACAGUACAUUUACCCUCUACCAAACUGCAGUGGUCUCCCCACUUCUUGUUUAUACUCAGCACAGAGUAAACACACUACUGCCCUUCCUGUGUGACAAAGAGGUACUAUGUCGCAACCUCAUCCUUACUGACCCAUAACAGUUGUGAAAAAUAACGAGAUGCCAUAAUUGAAUUACUAUUAUACUAGCUUACUUUACACAUCUAUGAAGUCAAACUGUACCUGACUACACUAUCCAUAAAGCCAUGUUGUGUUUCCCUAAUGCAGCAGGCCAGGUUGGCUAUGUCCCUGAGAGGUACAGUGGGGGAAAAAAGUAUUUAGUCAGCCACCAAUUGUGCAAGUUCUCCCACUUAAAAAGAUGAGAGAGGCCUGUAAUUUUCAUCAUAGGUACACGUCAACUAUGACAGACAAAAAAUUCCAGAAAAUCACAUUGUAGGAUUUUUUAUGAAUUUAUUUGCAAAUUAUGGUGGAAAAUAAGUAUUUGGUCAAUAACAAAAGUUUCUCAAUACUUUGUUAUAUACCCUUUGUUGGCAAUGACACAGGUCAAACGUUUUCUGUAAGUCUUCACAAGGUUUUCACACACUGUUGCUGGUAUUUUGGCCCAUUCCUCCAUGCAGAUCUCCUCUAGAGCAGUGAUGUUUUGGGGCUGUCGCUGGGCAACACGGACUUUCAACUCCCUCCAAAGAUUUUCUAUGGGGUUGAGAUCUGGAGACUGGCUAGGCCACUCCAGGACCUUGAAAUGCUUCUUACGAAGCCACUCCUUCGUUGCCCGGGCGGUGUGUUUGGGAUCAUUGUCAUGCUGAAAGACCCAGCCACGUUUCAUCUUCAAUGCCCUUGCUGAUGGAAGGAGGUUUUCACUCAAAAUCUCACGAUACAUGGCCCCAUUCAUUCUUUCCUUUACACGGAUCAGUCGUCCUGGUCCCUUUGCAGAAAAACAGCCCCAAAGCAUGAUGUUUCCACCCCCAUGCUUCACAGUAGGUAUGGUGUUAUUUGGAUGCAACUCAGCAUUCUUUGUCCUCCAAACACGACGAGUUGACUUUUUACCAAAAAGUUCUAUUUUGGUUUCAUCUGACCAUAUGACAUUCUCCCAAUCCUCUUCUGGAUCAUCCAAAUGCACUCUAGCAAACUUCAGACGGGCCUGGACAUGUACUGGCUUAAGCAGGGGGACACGUCUGGCACUGCAGGAUUUGAAUCCCUGGCAGCGUAGUGUGUUACUUAUGGUAGGCCUUGUUACUUUGGUCCCAGCUAUCUGCAGGUCAUUCACUAGGUCCCCCCGUGUGGUUCUGUGAUUUUUGCUCACCGUUCUUGUGAUCAUUUUGACCCCACGGGGUGAGAUCUUGCGUAGAGCCCCAGAUCGAGGGAGAUUAUCAGUGGUCUUGUAUGUCUUCCAUUUCCUAAUAAUUGCUCCCACAGUUGAUUUCUUCAAACCAAGCUGCUUACCUAUUGCAGAUUCAGUCUUCCCAGCCUGGUGCAGGUCUACAAUUUUGUUUCUGGUGUCCUUUGACAGCUCUUUGGUCUUGGCCAUAGUGGAGUUUGGAGUGUGACUGUUUGAGGUUGUGGACAGGUGUCUUUUAUACUGAUAACAAGUUCAAACAGGUGCCAUUAAUACAGGUAACGAGUGGAGGACAGAGGAGCCUCUUAAAGAAGAAGUUACAGGUCUGUGAGAGCCAGAAAUCUUGCUUGUUUGUAGGUGACCAAAUACUUAUUUUCUACCAUAAUUUGCAAAUAAAUUCAUUAAAAAUCCUACAAUGUGAUUUUCGGGAUUUUGUUUUCUCAAUUUGUCUGACAUAGUUGACGUGUACCUAUGAUGAAAAUUACAGGCCUCUCUCAUCUUUUUAAGUGGGAGAACUUGCACAAUUGGUGGCUGACUAAAUACUUUUUUCCCCCACUGUACCUGCAGUCCCUAGCAGAAGGCUCCUCUGCCUGCCUUAAGCUGGGCAUCCCUGGUCCCCAGCUGGACUGGUCCUUCAACAGCUCUGGCUCUUCAUCAGAACACUCCAAGAAGUAGGGGCUCUCCUCCAGAACACUCCAAGAAGUAGGGGCUCUCCUCUCUUAAGAAUCUUCACUGAACAAUAACCAGAAAGCCAGUUUCUCUCUCCCACCUCUGAAUGUUUGUGAGAUGAUUCAUACCAUUUGGACCAAAUUCCAGGUUCAAUGCAUAAUUUAUAUAACUGUGUCUCCAUCUUGUUAAUCAUUACCAAUGUUAACAACGUUUUCCCAUGUAUUAUUGUCUCGCUGAUUUCCAAGUGUGGGUGUGCUCUGUGACACAGGUCUGGCGUGGGCACUGUAUGAGUACCACGACCAGGGUGCAGAGGAGCUGACCUUCCCAGAAGGGGCGCUCAUCAGUCUGCUGCGCUGCCGCCAGGGAGAGGUGGACGACGGCUUCUGGGAGGGAGAGCUGGAUGGACAUGUGGGGGUCUUCCCUUCUCUGGUGGUGGAGCUGCUGCGAUACCCGAGAGAUCUGGUUAACCCUCUGAAAGACAUGUUGUCAUCAAAUGUACCUUUGAUUAAAGCAUACAGGGAUUGAUGAGAAAGAAAGCUCUGAACAGUACAGAUCUAAUUGUGCCACCUUGUGGCAUAUUGUUGUAGUACUGUACAACACAUUCCAAAAAACCUUUAUUUAACUAGGCAAGUCAGUUAAGAAUAAAUUCUUAUUUCCACCAGCCAAACCCAGACGACGCUGGGCCAAUUGUGCGCCGACCCAUGGGACUCCCAAUCACGUCCGGUUGUGAUACAGCCUGGAAUCGAACCAGGGGGUCUGUAGUGAUGCCUCAAGUACUGAGAUGCAGUGCCUUAGACCGCUGCGCCACUCGGGAGCCCGUAAGACUAGUCAAGUAAUAGAAGAUUAAUCUCUGCAGAUAGAAUUUGGAGGAUGUUGAAAGAAAUCUCUGCAUUCUCUUCUCAAGGGGAUUAUCUGAUGUUGUUUUAAUGAUCUGAAGUCCCAUUGUUUCGACAUUCCAUUCCGCAGAGCCUUCUCACCCCUACUCUUCCUCCGUUCUCUCCACCCAUCCCUAUCUCUGGAACACUCUGCGGUCUCCUCUGCUCCUCACCUGGCCCUGGGUCCUGGUCUGUAAACAGUACACCUCCUAGAGAUCUGGAGGACAGGUUGCAAGGUGCUGUCCCACUGGAAAUACAGAGGCUGUCAGACAGCAGGGCAGGUGGGGAUUCACACUCUCAGUAA